AUGUCCCUCCUCGCAGCUACUACAACCCAGACGGCCUCAGAGAUGAGCUCCCACGACAAGACCGAAGUUGUUGGCAAAUGCGCCAUCGAGCUCAGCCCCGCCUUGAAGCUUUCCAACUCAGCCGCCCGCUCUGCUCUUCUCGCAUUGGCAGGCCAGCUCUUCCGCAUCAACCAUGCUCUUCUCAUGCAUCUUGUGUUCGUGGGCAGCAUCACCGUGCUGCAGAUUUACCACAUCGCCAAAGAUCUCGCAUCAGUCCUGGGGGACAUUGCGUGGUCCACAUGGAACUCGAGCCAGGGGAGGCGUCUGCGCAAGAAGCUAGAGUUCGAGUUCUUCGUGUUGAUCCUUGGCUGCGGUAACAGCCUGUGCCUGGCCGUCUUCUGGCCGGGUUGGUUCAUCAUUGGCCUGCUCUACCUGACGUGGACGGCGCUCGGCUUCUUGACCGGUUGA